AUGGCAUCUGAAACGACAUUCGCAAGAGCUUUUGUCUCUCUACUCGACCCCUCUUCGCUGCUUGCCACCGAUUAUGUCAAGGACAAGGCUCAGCUCGACAAGAAGCCCCUGGUGGCAAUGCCCAAGAUGCCCGAGGCCAAGAAGAAGACUGGUGUGUCUGGUAGUGGACUGGUGAACAUUCCCAUCGAGGAGAAGACCGCCCAAGCCGACGUUGUGGCCGAAACUAUUGAGAUCACCAUUAAAACUCUUAAGGCACCAAAGCUCAUGAUCACCCUCUCUGCCCCCAGUGACGAUUCGAUCUUCAACGUCAAGCAGUUGGUAGUGAAGCAGGCCGCCGAGCAAGGUGUCACAACGACCGCCGACAGUGUCAAACUGCUUAUUAAGGGCAAGGUUGUCCCCGACUCCAAGAUUCUGGGCGAUGUUGCUGUUGACGGCAAGGUGGCCUUCAUUGGUACCAUCACCGAGGCCUAG